ACAGGAGCUGUCAACUUCCGGUGACCAUAUUGCAGUGAUACAGCGGGUUUUGUGUGUUCGAUCAAUCAUGCUGUCUGCACAAACUUACGGUGAGAAUGGAAAGAUGAAAGAAUAUCACUACACGGGACCAAUGGAGCAUAAAUUCUCUCCUUAUGCCUUCAACGGAGGGACUGUGCUGGCCGUGGCAGGUGAAGACUUUGCUAUUGUGGCCUCAGACACACGUUUAAGUGAGGGAUACAGCAUCCACAGCCGUGAUUCCCCAAAAUGCUACAAACUGACAAACAAUACUGUGCUUGGCUGCAGUGGUUUCCAUGGUGACUGCUUGACACUAACCAAAAUUAUUGAGGCAAGACUGAAGAUGUACAAGCAUUCAAAUAAUAAGACCAUGACCAGUGGAGCCAUCGCAGCCAUGCUGUCAACAAUCCUGUAUGGAAGGCGUUUCUUCCCUUACUAUGUGUACAACAUCAUCGGUGGUCUCGAUGAGGAGGGUCGAGGUGCUGUUUACAGUUUUGAUCCAGUCGGAUCGUACCAGAGAGACACUUACAAAGCAGGUGGCUCAGCGAGUGCAAUGCUGCAGCCUCUUCUGGACAACCAGAUUGGAUUUAAGAACAUGGAGAACGUGGAGCAGCUGCCCUUGACUCUGGAGAAGGCUGUGCAGCUGGUGAAGGAUGUGUUCAUCUCCGCUGCAGAGAGAGAUGUCUAUACAGGAGAUGCCCUCAAGAUCUGCAUCGUCACCAAGGAAGGCAUUCGAGAAGAGAUCGUGCCACUGAGGAAAGACUGAGACGUCUUUGCCAAAAUUAGCCUGUUUUUGUUUUUCUCCAGUUGCAUCCAAUAUUCUGCUGUUCUUUUUAUAUUCUUUCUCAAGAAUAAAUGCGUAUGUUACCAA